AUGAACCAGGCCAGGGACCCCCGUGAGCAGGACCAGCCCGGGGGAGCCGUCCGCCCUCAGCCGGGACAGAAUGUAUCCCAGUUCCUGGAGAAGAAUCCGUUCUCUGUCAACAAUCCUUUAGGCAGUGGAACUAACCCUCUUCUGCCGUCCCCUGCCAGCCUUCAACUUGCUCAGCUGCAGGCUCAGCUCACCCUACAGAGGCUAAAAUUGGCUCAGAGUGCAGUGACCAGUAACACAGCUGCUGCGACCGUACUCAGCCAAGUCCUCUCCAAGGUGGCUAUGUCCCAGCCUCUCUUCAACCCACUGAGAAAUGCCACAAUGAUGGGUGCUCACGGCCAUGCAGGAAUGGCCUCUCUUGGACCUGCCAUGCACAAUGCCCGAUUUCCUUCUACUGGACUACCAUUCUCUGCCCAAAACCCAUCAGCCAUGGCACCAAAACACACUCAGAAUCCGAAUCAAAACUCUAUGCCACACUUUGGCAAAGUCAUGAGUGGAAAUAAACUAGAGGGAUUCCACACAGGUUCUCAACCAUAUGGAUCAGAGACGGAACAGUCUGAGUAUCACGGCUUCUCUUGUGGGCAGGAAGAAUCAGCUGAUGGACAUUAUCCUCCUAAACACAAUAAUGCAGCAGGAUUUAAGAAUCAGUAUUUUGGCACACAUGUACCUCAUCAUCCAGUGAGCCAUAAAGGAGACACCAGCCAGGGGGUCCAUAACGUGCCCUCAAACAGUCAGUGGGAAUCCUCUCACCACUGGCAACCAUCUGGCCAACCGUAUGACAACAGAAGCGAGCUGUACAACCCAGAAGAACCAACCUCAGACACAAAAUUUAGCCCUUCGAGUACCCCAGUUUUCAGCAGACAGAAUAAUGGAAAAGCCACAAAUUGCGUCUCUUCACUGAAGAAUCUGAAGCCACAGGAAUUGAAUGACUUCCAAGGAAUCCCUCCCAUUCACCUGCCACACACCUGUACGAUGUGCAACAAAAAGGUCUUCAAUUUAAAGGACUGGGAGCUGCACAUCAAGGGCCGGAUGCACAUUCAGAAUGUAAUGGCUUACUCUGAGAGCGUUGGGAUAAACUGCGUGCCCAAUUCCAGCAACUCGCCUAUGAAUUCUGACUUCCACGCCCGGAACAAUGAAGCGAUUCCAUUCAUCCCGUCUGCAGUCACCUUUCCCGGACCACCCAUGGGUGCCAAGAGGAAGUCUAAUCUCGGAAGAGUGGUUCACAUCUGUAAUCUCCCUGAAGGAAGCUGCGAGAAUGACGUGGUUAAUCUGGGUCUGCCAUUCGGGAAGGUCACCAACUACAUAUUAAUGAAAUCAACCAACCAGGCCUUCCUGGAAAUGGCAUACAGAGAGGCAGCGGAGGCCAUGGUACAAUACUACCAGGAGAAGCCAGCAAUGAUAAAUGAUGAGAAGUUGCUGAUCCGCAUGUCAAAGAGAUAUAUGGAACUACAACUCAAGAAGCCGGGUAAAACAGUGGAUGCCAUUAUUCUCGACAUUCAUUCACAGAGGGAAAGAGACAUGUUCCGUGAUACAGACAGAUACAGAAAUGAAAGGACGAGAUCGCGCAGCCCGGUGAGCCGCUCUUUGUCUCCGAAGUCCCACACUCCCAGCUUCACAUCUUGCAGUUCCCCACACAGUCCCUUAGGACCCUCCAGAGCAGAAUGGGGGAAUGGCAGGGAGUCUUGGGGGGAUCAACAGAGCUAUGGCAGAUGGGAAGAUGAACGUGAACAAGGUUCAUGGCGAGAUAACGGGGAAGAGAAGAGAGACAGGACGGAUCACUGGGUCCACGAUCGAAGGCAUUACUCCAGGCAGAUUGAUAAGCAAGAGAUGGAUGAUCGUCCUGAUGGGUCCAGAGGACACAGGGAGAAAUACAGUAAUCAUUACUCAUCAUCCAGGCAUAAGAGAGGAGAUGGUGAAUACUACAAGAGGGAGUCCAAGUCUAAAUCAGACAGCAAAGCUUCUGUCACACCUGGAAAAACUAAGAGGAAAGAAGAGAACAAGUCUCGAGACACAAAGGAAAGUCACACAGAAGAUUCUAACAAGAAAGAUGGCUCAGAACCAAAACCAAACAGAGAAGCUGGAGCCAAUGUUCCACAGAGUCCAGACAAGAAGAGUAAGAUAUCGGAGGCAAAUGAGGAUGUUAAAGACGACAAAGAUGUUCAAAAGGCUGGCGUCAGUAAAGAGGAAAUGAACCAUAACCCAGUACCGGACAGAGCCGAGGGUGACCCGGAAGAGCCAGAUAUCGAAUCUGUGAUCAAGCACAAAGAGCAAGACUGGGAAAGCGGAAGUGAGCUGGAAGGAGAGAGCUGGUACCCGACAAACAUGGAGGAACUUGUGACAGUAGAUGAAGUUGGAGAGGAGGAUUUUAUAGUAGAACCUGACAUCACUGAACUUGAGGAAAUAGUACCGGUGGCCCAGAAGGACAGCGACAACUGCAUUCAGAUAUGUGGACACGGAAUUGAUGCUGUGGAUUUACAAUGCACAUACAGUGAGAGAACUAGGAGUGGGUGCUCCUCUGUAUUAAUGAGCUGUGCAUCCCCAAGAGAGAGUGCAAGCCCCGCCAGUAGCUGCUGUGAGAUUGCUGCAAAUGCCCCCGAUGUCACUGCAAAACCAGAAUCGAGUGGCGACGCAAUGGAGGAAAGUGCCAAAAGUCCCAACAGACUUUCAAAUAAAGAACCUGCUAGAGAGGGCCUGGGGCACACUAUGGACCCUCAGAAUCCCGAAUACACAGAUAAGACUGCUGUAGAUCUCUGUAAGAGAACGGACUGUCAGGCCAACAGCAAUGUGACCGCAAUGGACGAGCACAUCCAAGAGGACAGACGGAAUAAAAGAGAGAGUGAGAGUUCAAUGUCCGUAUCAUCAGAAGUGAAAUCCCCAGAAGUCCCAGAACUGGAAGCAAAAGAAAUUAAUUCUCCACCUUCCUGGGAGCAGGACAAUGUGUUUACUGAGCUGAACAUCCCUCUGGGUGUGGAGUUUGUGGUUCCAAGGACCGGCUUCUACUGCAAACUAUGCGGCCUUUUCUACAGCAGCGAAGACGCAGCAAAAACAUCUCACUGCCGAAGUCGGGUGCACUACAGAAACCUUCAGAGUUACUUAUCACGGUUGGCGGAAGUAGGUCCAGAAAAGACUGAAGCAGAGAAGAUGGUUCCCCAGCAGGAGGAUGUGGGGAUUGUUCCUCAGUUUGAGAAGAGCAGACCUUGA